AUGGACGCAGCUCUAAACAACCAGCCUGUGCCUCCAGACGCCGUGCGCAUGGUCGGGAUCCGGAAGGUGUCCGGCGAGCAUCUGGGCGUGACAUUCCGUGUGGAGAGCGGCGAGCUGGUGAUUGCCCGGAUCCUCCACGGUGGAAUGAUCGACCAGCAGGGCCUGCUGCACGUGGGCGACAUCAUCAAAGAGGUGAACGGAAAAGAGGUGGGAAACGACCCCAAGGUCCUGCAGGAGAUGCUGAAGGAGGCCAGCGGCAGCGUGGUGCUCAAGAUCCUGCCCAGCUACCAGGAGCCACACACGCCCCGACAGUUUGAGAUGAGGAGGUGCGGAGGAUCUGUCUGCAGAUUUAUUGGGAACAAGAAGAGGAAGAGGAAGCAGAACGUGUGUCUGUAG